AUGGGUGACGAUUUUGAAGGUUUGAUUCAGGCCGCACGUGAUGCUAUGAGUCAAGCAUACUGUCCAUACAGUAACUUCAACGUUGGUGCAGCUUUAUUAACAGCUGAUGACAAAGUGAUUACAGGGGUGAAUGUGGAGAAUGCUUCUUACAGUGCAGCGAUUUGCGCUGAGCGUUGCGCAUUAGCACGAGCUGUUGCGCAAGGUCAUCGAAAGUUCGAAGCAAUUGCAGUUUGUGCUGCACCUGCAGAACCAACACCUCCAUGUGGAAUUUGUCGACAAUUUCUAAUUGAGUUUGGAGAUAUGAAAGUAAAAAUUAUCUUGAAAUAUUACUUAAAAUGUGUAAAAAUAUCAAAAAAAAUUUUUUUGGAUGCAAUACUUCUUGCAUAUGAAUUUGCUAAAAUAUUGUAA